AUGUUGGAACACUCUUCUGAGCUGGCCCUGGUGCAGAGUCUGUAUGCCAACAGCAUGCGCUGUCCCCCCUCUGCGGCUGGGAUCUCUGUCAGGAAUGAGGACCUGCCUAUGAGAGGAAGACGCCCCCUCCCUGCACCUGCUCCGCUUCGUCUUCUCGUCGUCUCGCAGGAGUUGAGCUUCUCGCACUGUGCGGGCGUCGCUUUCUCAUUGUUCGACGUUGUUUUGAGCAUGACUUCGACGUACAACCUGGAUUUCCUCCCUCUUGCCGAGAGUCGGUUAAUGACUUCGAGCGACUCAAUCAACGGCAACGGCAGCAAGAUGAACGGGUCACUGGAGCACUUGGAUCAGCCAGACCCGGAUGCCAUCAAGAUGUUCGUGGGACAGAUUCCUCGCUCCUGGUCAGAAACGGAACUAAAAGAGCUUUUUGAGCCCUUCGGGGCCGUUUACCAGAUAAACAUCCUCCGUGAUCGCACCCAGAAUCCUCCUCAAAGCAAAGGAUGCUGUUUUGUAACUUUUUAUACAAGAAAAGCUGCACUGGAGGCCCAGAAUGCCCUGCACAACAUAAAGACCUUAAGUGGGAUGCAUCAUCCUAUCCAGAUGAAACCUGCUGACAGUGAGAAAACUAGUGCCGUAGAAGACAGAAAACUCUUUAUUGGAAUGGUUUCAAAGAAAUACGGCGAGAACGAGGUCAGAAUGAUGUUCUCGUCUUUUGGACAGAUCGAAGAGUGUCGAAUCCUCCGCGGACCAGAUGGUCAAAGUAGAGGCUGUGCGUUUGUCACAUUUGCUACCAGGGCAAUGGCACAGAAUGCAAUCAAAACCAUGCAUCACUCUCAAACUAUGGAGGGCUGCUCCUCUCCUCUGGUGGUGAAGUUUGCGGACACGCAGAGAGAUAAAGAGCAGAGGCGCCUGCAGCAGCAGCUGGUGCAGCAGAUUCAGCAGCUGAACAGCGCCUCCACCUGGGGAAACCUGGCCGGGCUGGGCACCCUCACACCACAGUACCUGGCUUUACUUCAGCAGGCCACAUCAACCAGUAACCAAGGCAGUUUCAACAGUAUUCAGAGGCUAGGAGCCGGUGUGAAUCCUCUCCAGCUGCAGAACUUGGCCACAUUGGCUGCGGCUGCAGCUGCAGCUCAGGGUUCUGGGAGCCCAGCUUCCACCAACGCCCUGUCCGCAAACAGCGGAGCCUUAGGAGCUCUGGCCAGCCCAGGUGGGUCGACAGCAGGCUCCAGUGCCGGCGCUGCCAUGAACACCUUGGCAUCUCUGGGCACGCUGCAGGGCCUCACUGGUACUUCGAUGGGCCUCAACAGUCUCAAUGCUCUCACCAGCAGCGUCAGUGGAAUGGGGGCCAUGAAUGGUGGCUUGGGAGCCUCCAUGGCCAACGGCUCUGCUGCCAGCUCCAUGGACGCACUGACCCAGGCCUACUCAGGGAUGCAGCAGUACACAGCCUCCGCCCUGCCCUCCCUCUACAGCCAGUCCCUGCUGCAGCAGAGCGUGGCUGGCAGUCAGAAGGAAGGGCCAGAGGGCGCCAACCUGUUCAUCUACCACCUGCCGCAGGAGUUCGGGGACCAGGAUCUUCUGCAGAUGUUCAUGCCUUUUGGAAACGUGGUCUCUGCCAAAGUCUUCAUCGACAAACAGACCAAUCUGAGCAAGUGCUUUGGGUUUGUCAGCUAUGACAAUCCUGUGUCUGCACAAGCUGCCAUCCAGGCCAUGAACGGCUUCCAGAUAGGAAUGAAGAGGUUGAAGGUUCAGCUGAAGCGUUCCAAGAAUGACAGCAAACCCUACUGAUCCUAGCCUGGGGUCUUCCCCCCUCCCCAGCUCUAAUGCUAGCACUGCUAGGGUAAGUUCACCCUCCAGCCAAGGUCACCACAGCAGAGACUCAGUGGGUCAAAGGGGAAGGAGCCCGACACAGGAAGAGGGAGACUGACCCUUUUCCCUUAAAAUUAAAAAAGAAAAAGAAAAAAAAGGUUGCAAUGAUCUUUCCACAUUUUGCUGUAUUUCAUUCCUGCGGUUUUAUCAUAUACUUUGAAUCUGACUAAAUAUUUUAAUGUAUAUGAUUAUUUAUGACUAUCACUGGAGUCAGUGUUCGCUGGAGGUAUUUUGUGUCACUGUAUUUUUGUGGAGAGCAUCGAGUGUGUUUCCAUGCCACUUCAUUGCCUUCAUGUCAAGCUAGACAGGUUGACUAAGGAUCAGUCGUAGUGUUUAAAGGGCUGAAGCCAAGCCACACGGACCCUGAGCCCAGAGCUUCAACCUGCACUUGGCUUUUCACUCGUAGUCUGUCUGAUUCGUAUCAUCGUUCAUGUGAAUCUUUUGCAGUCCUCCACUCUUCAGUCUUUCGUCCACUCCUCCUCUCUGUCUCCCCACUCUUUCUCUGUUCUCUUUCAUUACCUAAGCCAUGUUGAGCUAGGCUACCUCUCUGUCUCUCUAUUAACAACCUCCUCCAGUCAUUCCAUCCAUCCUCCAAGUCUCCCACAAGGGACUGGCUCUAGAUGGAUCUGUUUGGGUGCCAAGUAUACAGUAUGUGCAUGUCAGUCUGCCAUAUGUCCUGGUUGUGUCACUUCCUUAAAUCUGUGUAUCGUUUUUCCUGUGUCGGGAUAGGGGCAGCGUUGACCCCACUGUCCUUACUGUGUAUGUGGUGACUGGCAUUAUUUUUGUUGGUUUUUGUGCCUCAUGGCUAAACGAUUCUUGUGCUGUGCCCCUAACUUUCUCUUCUCUCCUCUUUGUUCUGUCUCUCCUCUCUCUUCGUGUUUUUGUUCCUUUUUAGAACAAAUCUCCAUGCCUGUUUGCUCAUCAUUAGCCUAGCAUGUCUUCAUGGUGUUGAAAGCCAAGCCAAACCCCCCCUGGCCUCAUCAUCCCACCAUUGUCUGUGAUGUCUCUCUAAGCUCGCCUGACCAAUACCUGGCCACCCACUGACCCUGACCUUAGCUCAACCUGAUUUUUCUGCAUGUAUAUUCAUUUGUUUUCUUUUUGCUUUGUUUCUGUAUAGAAAUGUGACUGGCAGGAGAGAGGUCAAAUCAAUGUGAAAACUUACUGCGUUGAAUUCAUUUAAUGAGAUUUUUUUUUUCCUUUUUUGGCGAAUGUUUUAAAAACCUGUGGGAUUUCUUACUUUUAAUUUAGCUUUUUUUAUGUUGCUUUCAUUUUACCUCUCUCAGUAAAGUUCACUUGAAAGUUGAAUACAGGGAUUGGCACACAGCUGUGCUUCUUGGUGCCAUUAGCAAUAUGUUGGCUUCUUAAAGGAAAAAAAAUGCUACAGACCACUUUCCAACACUUUUGAAAGUCUGACCAGGAAAAUCCCUCUCAGUGAUCUGUAUCGAUCUCUACAUUAUUUGGGCAAUGUGAAUACAUUUACACCAAGGCUAUUUAAAAUACGUUUUCCUUUCAUUUACAAAAUUAUCCAGUGUAUUUACUUUUUUUUUUAAACUAUUGAUGGCACAAUACAAGGUACAUUUGCUCUAUUGAGAAAUGACUACCUACACGAGUCAACUUUUUUAGAACUGAUUCACAAAUAGACAAUCUGUGGUUUAAAUGCACACUUAGAUUACCUAUAUUUUAUACCAUUGAAUCUAUAGAAGUUUAACUAACAGGACCCAGGCACAACUUUGGGUUUUUUUGUAGAUUUAUGUUGUACGUCAUCUGUGUUUUUUUUGGGGGGGCUGGGUCUUAAGUGUAUUACAUUUUUAGAGGACUAAAAAAAAUCAGUUCGAUCAAUGUGACUGUUCGUGGGUCAUUUCUAUUAAAUCUAAAGAAGUAAAAAAACAAAAAAAAUCCUCUUCAUUAAAUAUAAAUCUUGACUUAUGGUUUAAGAAGAAAAAAAACUUUUUUUUUUUAAGGUCACAUUUUGAGGCAAAGCGUUUUCCUGCGUUUAAGAAGUGUUCAACUUCCAUGGUACGUCUCGUUGACUUUCCGUGAAUUUCACAUUACUAAUUUAAUUACUGGAUGUUUCACUUUGGUUCAGUUUGGAUGCCUCAUGUUGAAAGAUGAUUUACAAUGUUUGUUAAUCAUGCAGAUGCUAGACAAUGUUUUGUUUCUGUUCUGUUGUUGAAGUGCCCAUGUGUCGAACUCUGUUUAUUUUUUUGUUUUUUUUCUCUUUACACAUACACACACAGCCACUCACACCACUUAGCGUGGUCGCACACGUGGGAGCCCCUGAAGAGAAGAUCACUCGGACACAACACAACCUGUGGGUCUCUGCACAUUUUAGACACAUUUUCCUUUUUGUUUUUUUUAAGUGGCUUUCUGCGUCAAAUUUCAGUUGAACACAUCGCACAGCACGCUUAAAAUGACUAAACCCACCACAGUAGUGUUGGUUUACAAAUACAUUCCAUUAUUCAGCACAAAGUUUACACUUUUUUUAUCGGGGUGGCUUUUUCUCUGAGCUACAAGUCGUUGAGACAACCCUGGUUUAAAAAAGAAAAGAAAAAAACAAAACACCCCAAAGAAGGGUUCCCAAAAACUGCUCACCUGGUGGCGCUAAAGAGCUGUCAACUCAGGGUUUAUUUUUUUGUUGUCUUUUUUUCCCCCCCUCCCCUCUCGUGUGUGUCUGAAACUUGACACUCACACCGAAUCACGACACAAAAUGCACAAUUUUCACCAUUUGACCUUCUCAGUUUGGAUGUUUUUUUCUUCCUCCUUUUUCUCAAAACCCAUAAAUGUUCCAGGAAAAAAAAAAGAAAAAAAAAGAAAGGUACCAAAUUUGAAACAGUGCUCAAGGGAAGUAUUAUAGUUUUGUAAGGAAAUGUUAAGCACAAUUGUGGGAGCUGAUCACUUUUGCAGAAUGUGGUGUGUGUGAUUUUGAUCCCCAAAUUUUCAAGGUACCGCUGAUUUUCUCUUUUAAUAUGGGCAUGUGCUUUUUACAGUGUGUUUUUUCUAUCCAAAUGCAAUACAAUAUUCAAAGUGCCAUAUAUACGUCUAGAAACUGCCUACACAUUCUUAUUAGGCCUUGGUUUAGAGAUUGCUGCAGCCCCCCCCUCCCCGUUUUUUUUUCUAUUUAUGCCAGUGUCAUGAAAGCUCUUGUUACCUGCUAAUAUCCCCCCCCCUCCCUCUACUUUGUGUGUUGAGUUAUUGGUAAAUGUGUAUUGUGAUGUACUCCAUUUGAAAAGUUGGUUUUAAGCAAAAAAAAUAAGAAAAAACUGUAGAUAAAACAAUAAACUUCCCAAUACGUUUGAAGGGUAAACGUCUCUCUUAGUGAGUGCGCACAUGUGUACGGCCAACAUCUGGUGUGAUCAGUUCAGCUGGGAGUUUCUCUUUGAAUUGAAGUUUAAAAAUUCGAGCCUAAAUAAAGCCCAAGAAAUUUCAGCCGGGUCGCCAUGUUAAAAUCUCAAAGGGAAUUAAAACAUUUCAAAAAGUCAGGCAGGUUUGUGGUGAGGCAUUUGAUGGCUACGGGGUAUUAGAGAGUUUCAAAGUCACAGCAGUCCCAACAGGAAAUCGACUCACUUCAGGGGCUUCCAUCACAAAUCUAGAUCAGCUCUAAUAAUCACUUUGACUCCUCUGUUUCUCAUUCUGAAGUGCUACUUUUGAACGUGUUAGCUUUGCAUCUCUAUAUAGUCUUGAACCUAUUUUAAAAACAAAAAAACAAACAAAAAAAAAAGCAUUUUCUUCUCUGAUAAUAGGACUUCGGACUUUGGAUAGUAGGACUUUGUUCCCGUUCCAGCAGUCAUUUAGUAAACGUCUUGUCUUGAGGAAAGCCAAAGUGAGUGCAUCUUGGUGUGAUCCGUAUUAUUCACACAGUACAGUUUAUUUCUGUUCAGUCUAUAUCAAGUUUUCUUUGUUUUUUUUCAAAGUGGGUGGGAUUUGAAGAGCAAGGAGGGGUUAGAAACAGAAUUAUACACAGGUUGUCCAAUUUCUACAACUGGUUGUUCAUAUGUAUUUUGUACCAGUGAAGCUUUUUAUAUUGGAUAUUAAAGAAAAAAGAAAUUAUAUUGGGAAAAGAAUUGUCCGGCUUCUCAAUGCAGCCUUGCCUUGACCGGAUCUCAAGUUUGGACUCUUGGUUGUCGAACAAAUCAAAAAAUGUUUUUUUUCCUGCUUUUGCCUCUGAAAGAUGCCUGAUUUUGAUUUAACUUGGAUCUCCACGUGUUCCUCACUUCAUUAAUCAGUUUCGGGGAGGGUUGGGAUCGUCUAAGUUGUGGUAAGUUUCAUGUUGGUAGUUGUGGUGUCCACAUGAUUCGGUAGUCAGACUUUUUUUUUUUUUGACGACUUGUGUGGAUAAUUGUCUAAGUUGAAAAAUUAAUUGUUUAGUUUGAGCCUUGCUUUUCUUUGUGUAGUUUUCCAUAUAGCGGAGUGUGUAGCUGAAAGACUCUGUUCUUUUGUUUUUUUGUUUUGUUUUUUUUAUCAAUGUUUGUUUGUGUGGUGUGUUUCUUUGCCUCUGUCUCUGAAUUAAACCAUUUCCCCUAAUAUUGACCGUGUCUGUGUGUGUGUGUGUGUUUGUGCGUGCUUGUCCAGUGUUGUAGCAUUUUUUUGCAAACCCCCCCAGUGUGUCAUGUCUCUGUGUUUCUCUUUGCUGUGGCAUUCAGUAGCUGUUACAUGGGCUCUGCAUUUGGCUGGUUCUAAAAAUAUGUGAAGCUGUCGACCUGGAGUGUAUUUACGGUUGUGAGAAUUGUAAAUGAAGACACGAGAAGAGCAGUUUGCUCAGCUUUAGUUUAAAAUCUGACCAUUUUAUCAUUUGGAAAUCUUGUAAACUUUUAUCACUUUAGAUUGAUCAGGUGGGAUUGAAAGCAUUGGACAUUUUGGAUUGAAUGAGCAUUGAUUACCGAGUCCGUAUUGUUGAAGCCUCUGUCAAAAUAUAAUUUCUUUAGAUAAAACAAGACAGUGGGGAGGUGAGUUUAACUACAGAGUUUUCCAUCACAUCUGUCAAAAAGUUGCUCUAAAACCGCGGCACAUCGUGGAGUUUGCCUUGGCUGGUCUUGAAAACACUCCAUGAGUGGAAAGCCCAACUGUAUCUCAACCCAUUCUGAUUAUUCCUAUUGAGAUAUUCAAAUAUUUCCAUAAAAUCUCAACAUAUGAUACAGCUCCUCAUUUUUUAAAACUCUUUUUAAAAUGAAAAACAAUUUUUUUCUCAAGUUUCCAGCGGCCAUGCCAGUGAUGCAGUGGUGACAUCAUUUGAGAGAGAACAACUUAAAAAGUUGGAAUUGACGGCUGCUACUAUAAAGGAUUAAUAUCUACAUGCUAGAGGGGUGACUAGUUCAUUCAUUUGAAUUAAAGCCUUAGAAUGACUUUGCACAGUAUUUUACAGUGAUGACCCCCCUCCUCCAUGUUUACCCUGAAAGACUCAGCUGGGGUGUUCUUUUAAUAGCCAAUCCUGUGACUGCCCUGCAGCCGGCUUG